AUGCUCAAAGAUAUAACUUCUCAGUUUCUCGGCUUCCAGCAGACACACCACUUCAGAAAAGCGACAGACGAAGCAUACAACAGGAAACUCAGCCUAGCUCCCCGUGAUGCUAUGGGAGGCGGUAACUUCCUCGAAGAGGCGUAUGACGACCCAUGCAACAACUUCUUCCGACUGUUGCAGCAAUCUCUUGGAUUGCCAUUGCCAUCUCCUGGCUUCCAUUUCCCUUCCUUGUUUUCGGCUCACCGCUUGUUGGAUGUCAUCUCUCGAUGUUUCCCACCACCAGAUCUGCCUUUACCAGGACUUCGGAAAGACCAGUCGUUGGUGCAAGUGUGGGUGGGCGGCUAG